UAGAAUAUGUAAAUAUUUAAAAAAUGAAAUAAAAAAUAUUGUGAUAAUAUUUUCCGAUACUACUCCCAGUAAGUUUAAGUUUUCAGGUGACAUCCAACAAAGAAACGAGAUCAAAGGGAAGUUAAAAAUAAUGCCAAUAAACGAUGAUAUGUAAAUUUACAAAUGGCAAAAUGGCAAAUGGAUUGGCAUUUUCACACGUUCAGGAAAUACGCGCGAAGGGAUCGACAGCAACCGGUUUUGUGUACAAAUUUUCCACUACGAUGCUUCAUCCAUUCCAUUGCUGUCUGUCUUCGGAAUUCGUUGAUGAUUACCAGUCUCGCACUAGAUGGUAUCCCUUUGGCAGCUUACUAUCUAAGGAUUCUGAGUGAUGGCUUGGUAAAUAAUCGAAAUCUGCGAAGUUUAUCAUUGGCCAGAUGUCGAAUAGGUGAUACAGGCUGUUACAUAUUGUUAGAAAGUUUGCGAUAUAAUUCGAAUCUCCAUACUUUGGAUUUAUCAUCAUGUUGUCUCACUAAUAGAAGUGUUAUGUAUUUGUCAUUGUUUUUUAAAAAAAGGAAAUCGGAUUUGUUGCAAAAUGUGGGAAAGGAAGUAACAUUACCUCGUGAAAAUGUUCGUACAACAAUGGCGGAAGGACUACAAGUAUUGAUACUGGAUAAAAAUUUUAAAUUUAGCGACAUUGGCUUACGACAAUUAACAUAUAUGCUAAAAAAUGAUAUUUGGUUGAAAACAUUAUGUUUGCGAUAUUGUGGUAUUACUCAACAUGGAGGAGAAAUUGUGUGGAAGUUCUUACAAACAAAUACCGUACUUACACAGAUUGAUCUCAGAAAUAAUGAAGUAUCCACCGAUAUACUGCAAAAUAUUCGCAAAAUGCUUAAGAAAAGGAAAAGCAAAAGAGAAAGAAUAAUGAAAAAAGGAUUAAGUUGUGAGCAUGUUCCUAUGCAAUAUUUGAUUUCAAAAACUGCAGUAUCUCAAUGUACAUUGAAAGAAAAUAAAUUUUCCAAUCAGAAUCAGCUUCAAUCGAGACUACAACACAAUUGUAUUUUACAAAUAUCACGUUCAAUACAUGCACAAAAGGUGAAAAGAAAAAAUGAAAGAAAAUGCAAAUUACAAAAUAUAAUAGAAAAAAAUCAUGUCAAAUGGACCAACGCAGAUAAAUUGAAAAAACGAUUGUCUCUUAUGAUCGAACGUAAUCAGAAUUUAAUAACAAUCUUAGAGAAUAAAACUGACUUUCUAAUAAAAGAAAAAGAUAGCCGUUUACGUUUUGAAGAAGCGUGUCAUAAAAUCCAACCUCAACUCAGAAAUCUUAAGAAUAAAAUUGCUAUGCAAAAUUCUAUUCAUUCAAAUAUGUGUUACGAGAAGCAAGUUUACGCAAAUCUACAAAAUGCAUUUAAUGAAUUGAAAAUAUCCAUGCAGGGAAAAGUAUUAAAGAUGGAUGAAAGAAAUCCUAAUAAUAAAAUCCUCUGAUUCAAUCCUAAAGAAAAAGCUAGUAGAAAUAAAAAUCAAAACAUUGGUCGUUAUAAUUAAAGUUAAAUUUAAAAAAUUGUUUGUCUUCCAUACGAUAUUGUAGAAAAAUUCUCAUUUCUUUAAAAUAAAAAUGCAGUUUUAGAGAUUAU